GAGAAAGUCCACACUUCAUGCCCGUUGCCACGUCUUGAUUGGACGCCGUCACGCAAUUCACAGGCGAGUUUAAGAUGGCGUAAACCGGCAGUUGAAAGGCUCAGUCGCAUAGCGACAGGGACGGGAAGGACCCGCAAGCCAUUCAGGAACCGUCGCGGAAGAUCUUUAGACAUGUUGGACUUCUGCCGCCUUGCGUGUUUUGACUGUUACGUACGAAUGACUGGGUCCCUGGUCUGUUGCCUUGUGUUGAUUGCACGCAAAAAGCGAGCCUGUUCAAGCACGGUAUAUGAUCAACAGGCACUUCUAGUUGAUGCGACUGAGGGUUGAAAAGUGACAAAAACAUACAACAGCGGGUAUUCGCUAGUGGUCACCCACCUAACUACUAAUCCGCCGGUACGUUGCUUAAAUAGGGCUGAGCGAACGGGAAGCCUUGUUUUCAACGUCCUAUGGUCGUAUGUGGAAAAAGUGCUUCUUUUCAU